AUGCCUUACGAACCGCGCCAACUCACGAUCAACGCCAAGCGUCUCAACGAGACGAUUCAUGAGACGUGCGAGUGGGGAGCCGCCCACCGCUGGGGCGAUGCCCCAACCGAGACGGGCAUGUGUCGUCUCGCACUCUCAGACGACGACAAGCUCGUGCGCGACUGGUUCGUCAAGGAGAUGACCAACCUUGGCUGCGAGAUCAAAAUCGACCAGAUGGGUUCCAUCUUUGCGAUCCGUAAGGGUAAGAAGGAUGGCCCGCCUACAGCCAUGGGCUCGCACCUCGACACACAGCCGACAGGCGGUCGUUACGACGGUAUCCUCGGCGUACAGUCUGCUGUCGAGGCCUUGCGCACCAUCCACGAUGCGGGCCUCGUGACCGAGUAUCCUAUCGCGGUGGUCAACUGGACGAACGAGGAGGGAGCGCGUUUCCCAAAGUCGCUGCACGCGUCGUCUGUUUGGUCUGGCGAGCUUAGUCUCCAAGAUGCGUAUGCUCUGUGCGAUGUCGCCAACCCCGGUGUGUCGGCUGGAGCCGAACUUGACCGCAUUGGCUACAAGGGCACUGUUCUUGCGUGUCACAAGGCAAACCCCCUCGCCGCCCACUUUGAACUACACAUUGAACAGGGCCCUGUGCUUGAGAGCCACGGACAACGCGUCGGCGUCGUCCAGGGCGGCCAAGCGUACAAGUGGUUCAACAUCCGCAUCAACGGUCGCGACUCACACGCCGGCACCACGCCCUUUGACUACCGUGCCGACCCCAUGCUCGCGGCCUCGCAGUUCAUCCUCGCCGCUCACCAGAUUGCCAAGGAACACCACGGCCUCGCAACAACUGGCAUCUUCCACCUCCAGCCCGGAUCGAUCAACACGAUCCCAAACGUUGUCGAGUUCACGCUCGACAUUCGACACGUUGAGGAUGAACAGCUCGCGCGAAUCGAAGAGGACAUCCGUGCAGCGUCGGUCAAGAUUGCCGCCAACGACAACGCGCGUUUUAAAUGCACAAUCGACUGGGAGGUCCUCUUUGACAACUCGGCCACAAAGUUCCACCCAUUGUGUACGGGUGCCGUGGAAAAAGCCGCGUGCGCCUCCGUCCCGUCGGAACAGGUACGCAAGAUCGUUUCGGGAGCUGGCCAUGACUCGUGCGCCACGUCCCGUAUCUGUCCCACUGGCAUGGUGUUUAUUCCGUGCCGUGAGGGUCUGUCGCACAACCCUCGCGAGUUCUCGACGCCAGAGGACUGUGCACUUGGCGCCCAGGUUCUGAUGGACGCCGCGCUACUGUUCGACUCGCAGCGCACGGCUUGA